AUGUCUUCAGUGUCCAAGAACGGACCAGACUCAGAGGAACCAGAGCCAGGGACGUCCAAACCACCAAGAAGACACCAGUGUUCCCACUGUGAAAAGGGUUUUAACCACUUAUCGGACCUGAAACAACAUGAGAGAAUACACACAAGGGAGAAGCCUUACCACUGCUCCCAGUGUGGAAAGAGUUUUAGCCAGGUAGGUAACCUGAAAAGACAUGAGAGAACACACACAGGGGAGAAGCCUUACCAUUGCUCCCAGUGUGGAAAGGGUUUCAAAUGGCCUGCGGAUCUGAAUUGGCAUGAGAGAAUACACACAGGGGAGAAUCUUUACCACUGCUCCCAGUGUGGCAAGUGUUUUAACCAGUCAGGGGAUCUGAAAAGACAUGAGAGAAUACACACAGGGGAGAAGCCUUAUCACUGCUCCCAGUGUGGAAAGAGUUGUAAUGAUUUAGGGAACCUGAAAAGACAUGAGAGAAAACACACAGGGGAGAAGCCUUACCAGUGUUCCCACUGUGGAAAGUGUUUUAGCCAUUUAAGUAACCUGAAACAACAUGAGAGAAUACAUACAGGGGAGAAAUCUUACCACUGCUCCCAGUGUGGAAAGGGUUUCAGCCGGCAGGCGAAUCUGAAAAAGCAUGAGAGAAUACACACAGGUGAGAAGCUUUACCAGUGCUCCCAGUGUGGAAAGUUUUUCAGCCAGUCAGGGGAGCUGAAAUGUCAUGAGAGAAUACACACAGGGGAGAAGCUUUACCAUUGCUCCCAGUGUGGAAAGUGUUUCCCCCGGCCGGGGGUUCUGAAACGGCAUGAGAGAAUACACACAGGGGAGAAGCCUUACCACUGCUCCCAGUGUGGAAAGAGUUUUCAAGAUUUAGGGAGCCUGAAAAAACAUGAGAGAAUACACACAGGGGAGAAGCCUUACCACUGCUCCCAGUGUGGAAAGCGUUUUAGCGAUUUAGGGAACCUGAAAAAACAUGAGAAAAUGCACACAGGGGAGAAGCCUUACCAUUGCUCCCAGUGUGGAAAGAGUUUUAAAGAUUUAGGGAGCCUGAAAAAACAUGAGAGAAUACACACAGGGGAGAAGCCUUACCACUGCUCCCAGUGUGGAAAGAGUUUUAGCGAUUUAGGGAACCUGAAAAAACAUGAGAAAAUGCACACAGGGGAGAAGCCUUACCAUUGCUCCCAGUGUGGAAAGUGUUUCCCCCGGCCGGGGGUUCUGAAACGGCAUGAGAGAAUACACACAGGGGAGAAGCCUUACCACUGCUCCCAGUGUGGAAAGAGUUUUAACGAUUUAGGGAACCUGAAAAAACAUGAGAAAAUACACACAAGGGAGAAGCCUUACCACUGCUCCCAGUGUGGAAAGAGUUUUAAGGUUUUAGGAACCCUUAAAGCUCACGAGAGAAUACACACAGGGGAGAAGCCUUACCACUGCUCCCAGUGUGGAAAGUGUUUCAAUCAGCCAGGGCAUCUGAAACGGCAUGAGAGAAUACACACGGGGGAGAAGCCUUACCACUGCUCCCAGUGCGGAAAGAGUUUUAAGGGUUUAGGAAACCUUAAAGCUCAUGAGAGAAUACACACAGGGGAGAAGCCUUACCACUGCUCCCAGUGUGGAAAGAGUUUUAAGGAUUUAGGAAACCUUAAAGCUCAUGAGAGAAUACACACAGGGGAGAAGCCUUACCACUGCUCCCAGUGUGGAAAGUGUUUCAACCAGUCAGGGGAUCUGAAAGGACAUGAGAGAAUACACACAGGGGAGAAGCCUUACCACUGCUCCCAGUGUGGAAAGUGUUUCAUUCAGUCGGGGAAGCUAAAACAACAUGAGAGAAUACACACAGGGGAGAAGCCUUACCACUGCUCCCAGUGUGGAAAGUGUUUCAGCCAGUCGGGGAAGCUAAAACAACAUGAGAGAAUACACACAGGGGAGAAGCCUUACCACUGCUCCCAGUGUGGAAAGAGUUUUAAGGGUUUAGGAAACCUUAAAGCUCAUGAGAGAAUACACACAGGGGAGAAGCCUUACCACUGCUCCCAGUGUGGAAAGUGUUUCAGCCAGUUAGGGGGCCUGAAGAUUCAUGAGACAAUACAUACAGGAGAAAAGCCGUACCACUGCUCCCAGUGUGGAAAGGGUUGUAACCACUUAAGUGGCCUGAAAAGACAUGAGAGAAUACACACAGGGGAGAAGCCUUACCACUGCUCCCAGUGUGGAAAAAGUUUUACCCAGUUAUGUAACCUGAAAACACAUGAGAGAAUACACACAGGGGAGAAGCCUUACCAUUGCUCCCAGUGUGAAAAGAGUUUUAAGGAGUUAGGUAACCUGAGAAGACAUGAGAUGAACCACACAGAAGGUAAGGAUGUAGGCUGUUGA